AGGGUCAGGCAGAGAGCGGGCCAGCGGCCGAGGGCAGGAGAACCGGGCUAUUACGGACACAGCGAGGCCGUGGUGUGCGGGCAGGUGGCCCUUGGGUGUUUCCUGGCUGUCUCGUCCCUGGCAGUGUCUGUCUCUCCACCUGGGUGGGGUGAGGCAUCUGCUCUCCCCUGCCAGGGACAAUGGCACCUCUCAGCUACAUCUUGGUUCUUUGUGUGGGUCUCCUUGCCAUGGUCAACGCAGAAGCACCACAGGAACAUGACCCAUUCACUUAUGACUACCAAUCCCUGCGGAUCGGAGGCCUUAUAAUCGCCGGGAUUCUCUUCAUCCUGGGCAUACUUAUCGUCUUGAGCAGAAGAUGCCGGUGCAAAUUCAACCAGCAACAGAGGACUGGGGAACCUGAUGAAGAGGAGGGAACUUUCCGCAGUUCAAUCCGCCGUCUGUCCACCCGCCGGCGGUAGAGACACCUGGCGCGAUGGACACCAGCCAGGUCCCGCAGCUCUAACUAGGCUGGGGGAGGGAGGAGAGAGGAGGAGGGGGCAAAGGGCUGGGGUAGCGGGUCUGGAGGGCUCUCCUGCCCCUCACCCUUUUCACCCCCACAGGAUUCCCCUGGCACUUGACGCUUCCCACCCACCUUCUGCACUCCCACCGCCACCCGGACUGCCCUCUUCCCUAGCCCUGCCCCCACAGACUCUGCCGCUCAGAUUUCCAAUAAAACGUGCUUUUCUCUCUUGA